GUUUCCCCCUUCGCCGCGGAAGCAACACCGAGGCUUCGUUAACAAAGUGGGGAUUGUAAAGCAAUUUCUUUUUGCUCAGCGAAAGUCUAAUAUCGCAUAUAUCCCAGACUAAACGCAACUUCAGUUCUUCACGAGCCAUAACCUCACGGAGACUCUCUAUCUUGCCGCCGGGGCUUAGUUCUUACCAAAAUCGCAACAAUGGAGUAUGUCAACCCGGAAGGACUUCGCUUAGAUGGUCGCCGCUUCAAUGAAAUGAGGCAGAUCCGAGCUGAAAUCCGUGUAAUCUCUAAGGCUGAUGGUUCUGCUGUUUUUGAGAUGGGUAAUACAAAAGUUAUUGCUGCAGUUUAUGGUCCGAGGGAGAUUCAAAAUAAGAGCCAACAAAUCGCUGAUCAUGCCUUGGUGCGGUGUGAGUAUAGCAUGGCUCAUUUCAGUACUGGAGACCGUAGAAGACAGAAGGGCGACAGACGUUCAACGGAGCUAUCACUUGUUAUCCGUCAGACAAUGGAAACCUGCAUCUUGACACACUUAAUGCCCCGUUCUCAGAUUGACAUUUUUGUUCAGGUUCUACAGGCCGAUGGGGGUACGAGAUCUGCAUGUAUCAAUGCCGCAACUCUAGCUCUUGCAGAUGCCGGGAUUCCUAUGCGUGAUAUUGUGGCCUCCUGUUGUGCAGGAUACUUGAAUAGCACUCCCCUUCUAGAUUUGAACUAUGUUGAAGACAGUGCCGGUGGCCCUGAUGUAUCUGUUGGUCUUCUACCCAACUUAGACAAAGUGACACUCCUUCAGAUGGAUGCCAAGUUGCCGAUGGACACAUUUGAAACAGUGUUCGCUCUAGCGAUUGAGGGCUGCAAGGCCAUUGCAGAAAGAAUCCGUGAGGUGCUUAAGGACAACACCAAGCAGCUGGAGUAUCGUCGGGGAACAUGAUAAACUCGAGCAAAGGGUGUAAAAUUUGAAAUUAACGAAACUUUUCGGCAUCAUACUGAGUUGAAACUCGAGUAGGAGAAUUCCCUGUCAUCCAAAUUUUGAGCAUCCAACCAAAACCAGCAUGGGAACAGAGGGUUUGAAAUUCUCAAGACGUGACUUUGUGGAGUUCCAUUUCAGUUUCAA